ACAAUGAGCGGAGAAACAAGGAGGUGGUCAUAAUGUUAUGCCUGAUCGUUGUAUAUAUGUGAUGUAUGGUUCUCUAAGGGCUCUUUAGCUUGCUCCAUGCGUGCUACUGCGCAUGCGCGUUUUUUUCUCUUUCUAUUUCAUUAUUAGAUUAGCUGAAUUUAAUGUUAUCUGAAAGUUGUUAGGAAAUCUCAUAAAUAUAAUAUUUAGCAAAGCCAGCGAAGUCUUUUUCUGCACGCUCUUCUUUUUCUCCGUUGUUAUUUUAGUCUGAGUUUAAGAUCAGUUUUCUCGGGGGGGAUUAUAUCACACAUUUCCCCCAAAGCCCCCUUUAACCUUUCCCCCCGUUUCUGCUCUGUCUCUGGCACGGUAUGGAUGAAAAAGAGGAAUGUGGAACCUGAUUGGCUGCCAGCCUGACAGACGGCGAUGUGGCGCUGAAGGGCGCUGUGAUUGGCUGCGCAGGGAGUGGGCGGGGCGUCACUGUGGACGUUCAGGUUCGAGCAGCAUGUUUACUGAACGUCGAGCGGCACAAAGCGAGACGGCGGAGCAGAGCGCGGAUGGAAUUGUUGCAGAAUUGUUCCUGGGGUCAAAACAAGCUGCCCAGUCUGCUGGACCCAUGUGCUGCUGCUGCAGGACAACCUCCUCACACAAAACGGGGUCAGCUGUAGCUCAGUGACCUCGUCCACCUAUGCACACAGAGACGGACAGUGAGGUCUGCUUGAGGAAGAGAAGCUGGAAAGUAUGAAAGUGUUGAAAGUGACGUUUCUCAGGUGACCGUCCAGCCGGGCUCUUUCAUAAGCCUUAACGAAACAACUCAAACACUGGACGACACACGUGACCUCAGCGCUGAACCGCUUUGGCCUUAUCGCCUCUGCAAACUCAUUCUUUUCAUCGCCACGGCAACCAUCACUGCAGUCCUGCAGAGGAACGAGAGUGAAGUUAUUACACCUCUUAACUUAACUUUAAAUUACUAUAUAUAUUAUUUAUGCCUUGUACCAAGAACCCUCAGGAACCGUGACUAGUGGUUGUAAUACUUGCCAUCACCACGGCAACCAUCGUCGUCACCUCUUAGCUAAUGUCCACAAGCUAACAUCUAGCUACACACCAGCAUGCCAACAAUGACAGGCACCCAGCUCAUCAACUACCCCACAAACACUGCAUUCAUCACCCCAAGCUCUAUGCCCCCCUUACCCCGGACCACCCCUGGCCUCCCUAAGCCCCCCCGUGCCCUGUGGCCCCCUCUGGACUUCACCCUGGGUGCGCUAGCCUGCUGCGGAGCGUGUGUAUUCACCAACCCUCUUGAGGUGGUGAAGACUCGUCUGCAGCUGCAGGGGGAGCUGCGAGCACGGGGGUCCUACCAGCGCCACUACCGUGGCGUCCUGCAGGCCCUGUGGGUGGUGGGCCGGACCGACGGCCUGCGAGGUCUGCAGAAGGGCCUGACGGCAGGCUUGCUGUAUCAGGGUCUGAUGAACGGAGUGCGACUUGGGUUCUACUCCUACAGCGAAGCCAUGGGCCUGACGGACGCGCCGGGGGGAAGCAUGGUGGCGGGAGCAUUGGCGGGGGCGCUGGGGGCCUUCAUCGCCUCACCUGCUUACCUGGUAAAAACUCACCUUCAGGCGCAGACGGUGGCGGCCAUCGCUGUGGGUCACCAGCACAACCACCAGGGUGUUUCCAGCGCCUUUGCCACCAUAUACAGGCGUGAGGGGGUGAUCGGCCUGUGGAGGGGCGUAAACGGAGCUGUGCCGAGGGUCAUGGUGGGGUCGGCCGCUCAGCUGGCCACUUUCAGCUCAGCCAAACAGUGGGUGGCACACGUGCAGUGGUUCAGUCCGGACAGCUGGCUGAUCGCGCUGACCGCUGCUAUGGUCAGUGGCGUCGCCGUGGCGAUCACCAUGACUCCGUUCGAUGUCAUCAGCACGAGACUUUACAACCAGCCUGUGGACGAGCUGAGAAGGGGUCGUCUCUAUGCUGGUUUUCUGGACUGCCUGGUGAAGGUGUGCCGUACGGAAGGUGUGCUGGGCCUCUAUAAGGGAAUGGGGCCCGUGUUUGUGCGCUUGGCCCCCCACACAGUGCUCAGCAUGCUGCUCUGGGACAUCAUGAGACAGAAAGCACUGCAGCACUGCGCGGCGUGAGGAAUUCUGCAGCACUGCGCGGCGUGAGGAAUUCUGCAGCACUGCGCGGCGUGAGGAAUUCUGCAGCACUACAGUGUGAGGAAUUACAGUGUGUGACAAGCUCUAGUGACAAAAUUCUAGCAGAAACACUGCUGGAUUGAGAGCACAGUAACAGAGUUCUAGAGCAUGAUCCAGAACUCAUCUAAAGUCUAUAUUGGCAUAAUCACAUUUUUAGAUCUGCCUUGUGGGAAUCACGCACAAAAAGACUGGACUGGGUCCACAGCUGUUCUAUGGAAGGAAAACCUUUUGGAACUGCAGAGUUCUAGAAUCAACUAUCUGUGAAGUUCAGGAAUUCUCACUCCGCAGAUGUUAAUUCUGGAUCACUACUGAGAAUUCUAGAAGUCCUACCUGGUUUAUGGUAGGAAAGGUUUUGAGAACUUCCUUCCAUUGUAGAAACUGGAAAGUUCUGGAAUUGACUGUUGAUGAACUUCUAGAACUCCUACUCUGCUUCUAAUUCUAGAAACCUCUAGUAAACCCCUGAGAAUUCUAAACCUCUUAAGUGUUUUAUAGUAGGAUUACUGCUGGAAAGACUGGAGAGUUCUAGAAUCAUCUCUGUGUGAAGGUUUAAAAUUCUCACUCUGUGGGUUCAAAUUCUAGAAAACAACUGGUGAUUCUAGAACUCCUAACUAUUUUAUGAGAGGAAAGAUGUUGAGAACUUGCAUCCUGUGUGGAAACUAGAGAGUUUUAGAAUUGAUUCUUGACUAAGUUUGGAAUUCUUACUGCUGUUUCUUCUGUAGAUAAAAAAAACUCUUGAGAAUUCUAGAAUUCUUAGCUACUUUAUGACAGAGUUCCACUGCACAGACUGGAGAGUUCUUGACUCCCAGUAGAAUUUAGUCUAGAUUUAGAGGUCCAAAGAACUUGACUUGAGUGGGCGAGUGAAUGGGCGAGUGAGUGAGUGUGAGAGUAACUGAGUCAGUGAGUCAUUGAAUGAGAGUGAACGAGUCAGCAAGUCAGUGAGUCAACGAGUGAGUGAGUCAGCGAGUGAAUGGGAGUCAGUCAGCGAGUCAGUGAGAGAGACUGAGUCAGUGAGUGAGUCAUUGAAUGAGAGUGAAGUGGGAGUCACUCAGUCACGCUCACUGACUCACUGAGCGAGUCAGUGAGUGAGAGUGAGUCGGCGAGUUAGU